AUGGUUGGUUCGUUUCACCCGAAGCACGAAGGGAGGAAGUUAACAUCAGAUGACAUAGUUCGGGCCAAUACCACCAUGCUGACAGCAACCAGGAGCAUACUUGAAAGGAGGGCUGGAAAUCCAUACAGCAUUCACCUGUUGUGCUUGCAAUUCUUCUUGGGAGAUGAAUCCAUUUUCAUUGGCCAGACUGUUGCCAACACCAUAGCAACACAGAAGGUUGCUUCAGUUGAGUUUAUAAUCUUAACGAAGGUGCGCAAUGUUUUUACCAAUAAUGAGCUGCUCAAUUAUGGGAGGCAGUUCAUGUCAUUCCUUGAUUCUUGUCCAAUCACAUUUGGUGGUCUUGCACGUCUCACACUAGAGAAUUUGAGGUUAUGCGAAUCAGGCUUUCCGAAAAUUUUCAGUAUAUGCAAGCAAUUGGAGUUCCUCCGCCUCUACCACUGUGAUAUGGGCAUUGAGUCUUUGCUGGAAGUGGAGCACCCACAGCUCAGUGAACUAGUGAUUGCAUGUAGUAGGAUUAUCAAGAGGAUUGAUCUAAAGUGGGUACCAAAACUCAUAAUAGUGAAAUUUAAUGUAUUUAAAUCUCUAGGUGACCCUUUCUGUCUUGGCUAUGUCCCGCUGCUCCAGACUGUCAGCAUCAUUAAUACUGGUUUUUCUUGGCACAAGAUGCUCAAGUUAAGUGAGUUGCUUGGUAAAACCGCAAUAAGCAAUCUGCAUUUGAACUUCAAAAGCGAAAAGAUUUGGGUCAAACCAGAAGGUCGAAGACGAUUGUUACCGGUGUUCCACAAACUAAGGCGUGUGAAUUUGUAUAACAUUUUUGAAGGAUGCGAUCUGACUUGGAUAAUGUUCAUACUCCAAGGGGCACCCAGCCUUAAGGAACUAUGCAUCGUGGUGCGGGAUCAUCUAUGUGAAAUGGUAACGGGGGAGCAGAGAAAAUUGUAUGCAUUUAGCGAGGAGAAGGACAAGGGACUAGAGCUGGAACCAUCUGCAUCUGAUUUCAAGCACCGCAACCUUGCUGAGCUCAGAAUCUUUGGGAGCUUUCUAGCAAAUGACAAAAUCGUGCGCUUUGUCAGGAAUGUAAUGGAAGCAGCGGUGAAUCUGGAGGACAUAAAACUUUAUAGGAGUCUAGUGUGUGAGAAUUGCAAGCACAUGGUUCAGAAGUGGACAUUGAAGUAG